UAUGAUGUCUGUUAGACUCAUGAAAGGUGUCACUCAUUACAUAGAUUCAAAUCUACUGUCUUCUUUUUUUCUUUUCCUUUUCUUUUUCUUAAUCGUUAAAUCUGAUUAUGAAAUUAAAUAUAAUUUAAUUUUGAUAACUCUGCAAGUUUACUGGUGUGUUUUAGGAAGAAAAGCUCCACCAAGUCAUUACUCACUCAAAAUUGAGUCAUUCUCAUUGCUUUGCAAGGCCUCAAUAAAUAACUUUGACUCUGAAGAGUUUGAAGCAGGGGGUUACAAAUGGAGGCUGUCCAUAUACCCAACUGGGAACAUAAAAGGAGAUGGGCAAAAUCAUGUUUCUAUUUAUUUGGUGCUUAUGGAUACGCGUUCCUUACCUGUUGGUUGGGAGGUCAACGCCAUUAUAAAUUUCUCUGUAUAUGAUUUUCUCAAUGACGAGUACCUUACCACUCAAGAUGCAACUGUAAGACGUUUUCAUGUCCUGAAAACUGAGUGGGGUUUUCCAAAAUUCAUUGAUCUUGACACAUUUAAGGACCCUUCAAAUGGAUAUUUGAUUGACGAUACCUGUGCGUUUGGAGUUGAGGUUUUCGUUGUCAGGACCAUGAAUAAAGGCGAUCGCUUAUCAAUGAUACAUGGACCUGUCACUCAUUCUCAUAGUUGGAAAUUUAACAACUUUUCGAUUGCUAGUUCAGAUAUCUACGAGUCUGAAUUGUUGGUUUGGGGAAACUACAAAUGGAAGCUCCAUUUUUAUCCCAAUGGACAAGAUGAGGGCAAGGGCAACAGUAUUUCAUUAUAUUUAGUUUUGGAUGUAUCAACCCUUUCCCCCAACACUGCAUUAGUUGUGGAUUUCACUUUGCGCGCAAAAGACCAACUUGGUGGGAAACAUGCUGAAGAAAAAUGUUGUAGAAAUUAUUCCAAAUCGAACUCGCAUUGGGGGUACCCACAGCUCAUGGCUUUGUCUAAAUUUAUCGAACCACAUUUGGGUUUUUUGGUGGAUGAUAGCUGCAUCCUUGAAGCUGAAUUGAAAAUACUUGGCUUAAUUACGCGCCCAAUUGAUUGA